AUGGUAGUAAUUCAAUUAGCAAAUGGUGUAACAAACAUUCUCAUCAAAAUUUCGCUUGACAAGGGAUUCAGUCAACUCGUUUUUGUGGUCUAUAGGCAUCUAAUUGCCAUGCUUUUGCUAGGACCAUUUGCUUAUGUGCUUGAAAGGAAUCAGCGGCCUUCACUCUCAUUUUCAAUAAUUACUAAGAUUUUUGUGCUUUCAUCACUUGGGACUACAAUCCAUCUGAAUGUGUACUAUGCUGGUUUAGCAUAUACUUCUCCGACUGUUGCAUGUGCCUUGAGCAAUGUUUCGCCUUGUUUGACAUUUCUCAUAGCACUUCUGCUCCGGAUGGAGAAAUUGAAGAUUGCAAGUAUGAGAAGUAAGGCAAAGGUGUUGGGAACAGUAAUUUGCGUAUGCGGGUCUCUUGUUUUUACAAUCUGGAAAGGACACCUUUUGAAAGGUUUUGUGGAAAAGCCACUCAUAGACAUCAAAGCUGGAUCUGUAGGUGAAUUUAAGCACACUAAACAAAACUGGAUCAAAGGCGUAGCUCUUAUCCUCAUUAGCUACAUCGCGUUGAGUGGAUGGUUAAUUCUCCAGGCUGUAGUCUUAAAAGUGUACCCGGCUCGAUUGUCACUGAAUACUAUGAUCUGCUUCUUCGCCUCACUGCAAUCUUCAAUACUUGCCCUCUUUUUUGAAAGAACACCCACUUCAUGGAAGCUGCAAUGGGAUGUCAAUCUUUUAACCACCGUUUACUGUGGAGUUGUGAUCGCAGCUUUUGUAUACUAUCUGCAACUAUGGUGCAUUAGUAACAAAGGACCAGUUUUUGUUGCAAUGUUUAGUCCACUACUACUAAUUUUCGUGGCAAUAUUUUCAGCAAUUGCUUUUGCGGAGAGACUUCAUUUGGGAAGCUUAAUGGGAGCAUUUGUCAUCAUUGUGGGACUGUAUUUGGUACUAUGGGGCAAAAGGGCAGAUUCGAAUCAGAUUCGAAAACAUCAGUGUGAUGAUAGCAAAGUGCCAGAGAUUUCCACCAAGGAUGUCCCAAUGCUGAAUCCUGUUAGAGAAGAAGCAUGA